AUGGCGUAUGGCUCCUUUUGUGUCUCAUCGAAAGCUUUAGUCUUCUCUCGUCCUUGUUAUGGCUCCAUUAGAGAUCUCCCUUUCUCUCUCCGAACACCUACAGUUUCGUCUCUACCCUCUUUCCCUUUUUUAUCUUCUUUGAUUCUUCUCUUACACAAGUCCGUUGCUAAAAACCAAUCUCCAUUUCAGAUUGGACAUUGCGGUUGUGUUGGAGCUAUCGCAGCACCUAGAAAUCUCGUGAAACCUCGCAAGGAAGAGAGCCGAGAUUUUAGUGGAGCACGAAGGAGUAAGGAUAAAUUGAUGCCAUGGAAGAAGUUAGAUGCUAAUGAGUUUGGUAUACAGAGGUCAAUGAUCCCAGAAUCUACAAGGAUGGUUCUCAAUAAACUCAGGAAAAAAGGAUUUCAAGUUUACUUAGUCGGAGGCUGUGUUCGGGAUCUUAUACUAGAUAGAAUCCCAAAGGAUUUUGAUGUUAUCACUACAGCUGAACUCAAGGAGGUACGGAAUGUAUUUCCUCGUUGUCAGAUCGUUGGAAGACGGUUUCCUAUCUGUCAUGUUUAUGUCGAUGAUAUUAUUAUCGAGGUGUCAAGUUUUAGUACUUCGGCAAGAACUGGAAAACCUUUCGAUAAAAAGUUGAGAAGGCCUGCGGGCUGCAAUGAGCGUGAUUAUAUCCGUUGGAAGAAUUGUUUACAGCGUGAUUUUACGGUUAACGGGUUGAUGUUUGACCCAUUGGAGAAUGUAGUUUAUGAUUAUAUAGGAGGAGUUGAAGAUAUUAGAAAUUCCAAAGUGAGGACAGUAUCCUCGGCCAAGCUUUCAUUUGUUGAGGAUACAGCUCGCAUUUUACGUGCAAUUAGGAUUGCGGCGAGGUUAGGAUUCAGCUUGACUAAAGACGUUGCUGUUUCUGUGAAGGAGCUGUCUUCUUCAUUGCUGAGACUUGACCCUUCACGAAUCAGGAUGGAAAUCAAUUAUAUGCUGGCGUAUGGGUCCGCAGAAGCUUCUUUACGGUUGUUAUGGAGAUUUGGGCUCAUGGAACUUCUUCUACCUAUCCAGGCAUCUUAUUUUGCAUCCCAAGGGUUCCGGAGGCGUGAUGAAAGGUCCAACAUGCUUCUGUUGCUAUUUCGCAACCUUGACCGACUUGUAGCACCUGAUCAACCAUGCCACGAGUUCUUGUGGAUUGGGAUCUUAGCAUUCCACAAAGCAUUGGUCGACCAGCCUCGGGAUCCCACGGUAGUAGCUUCCUUUUGCCUUGCCAUCUUCAGUGAAAUAUCUUUGUCAGAAGCCAUCGAGAUUGCAAGGACCAACUCUAAACAGCACAACACACAAUUCCAAGAACUGUCUAGUCAUGAAAAAGACACUGUUAAAUCAGACAGCAAAUUAUCGCAGCAGGUCAUCAGUUUCGCAGAGUCUAUAAAAUCAGCUGUGCGAAAGAUGAGCGAUCGAGACUACUUAGCUAACGCAAUGAGCAAAUACCCGCAAGCACCGGGUUCUGAUAUGGUGUUCAUGUCGAGACCGGUGUUGGAGAGAGUGCAGAAAAUGUUUGGAAGUGUGAGAAGAAAAGGAAAUGACGAGAGAGAUGUCCCAAGUUUAGACCGUAGGAUUAAUCACAAGUCUCUUGCUCUUGGGGACUUUCAUGAGACUCGUCGUGUUUUUGCUAGGAUUGUUUUUGAUACCGUUUACCCUCCGACUUAA